AUAAUGUUAGGUGAUGACGAACCAAUAGAGCUACUGUGAACGAUAUAUUUCAUAUAUUCGCGAGAACCACGCUGCUCCUUCUUCGUAAUCUGUGACACAGUUAAAGAAUGACAGAAUAUAAGCUCGUUGUCGUCGGAGCUGGAGGUGUCGGUAAAAGUGCACUGACGAUACAGCUGAUUCAGAACUACUUUGUGGAUGAGUAUGAUCCCACUAUUGAGGAUUCUUACAGGAAACAGGUUGUCAUAGACAACGACACCUGCUUAUUGGAUAUUUUGGAUACGGCAGGUCAAGAGGAGUACAGUGCAAUGAGGGACCAGUAUAUGAGAACAGGAGAAGGCUUCCUGUGUGUGUUUGCGGUGAAUAACGAGAACAGCUUCAGAGAGGUCGACCUCUAUAGGGAGCAGAUUAAACGAGUCAAGGAUUCUGAAAUGGUGCCUAUGGUCUUGGUUGGUAAUAAGAUAGACCUGCCGCACCCUGCUGUCAGAUCAGAUGAAGCUAACUCGAAAGCCAAAGAGUUCGGUAUUCCGUAUGUAGAGACGUCAGCUAAGACCAGACAGGGAGUCGACGAUGCGUUCUACACUCUCGUCAGGGAAAUCAAGAAACAGCGGGAGAACCUGAAAGGUAACGACAAGCCAAAACAAAACAAACCGUGGAUUAAACGGUGCACAAUGCUAUAGACUCGAACUAUUCAUCAUCAUCACGGACUCUCCGAUAUCAGUUCACCGUCCAGUAAAUUGUGUCAUGCUACUUUUCGUUAUAAUCGAUCCAGUGAGGGAGCUGUGAUAACCAGGGUAUCAUGAUUAUUCAUUAACUUGGUUGAUUUUUUUCAACGAUUACUCUUGAUUACAUUUUUGUGUCGAUAUAUUGUUAGCUUGGAUGGAAAUGGAGGUGUUGAACUAUUAAUAGAUCCUUUUGUAGCGUGAUUGAUCACUUGAUUAGCGUUAUUGAUAUGAAUGAAUACAGUUGACCUGAUAUAUAUUACAACGCUUGUAAUACAUAAUAGUACACAUUUUUUUGCCCCCAAUGCCGUAAUUUGCCGAAGUAUAUUAUUAAGAAGUAGUGCCUGUAUAAGGAAGUAGAAUUAAAUCUCAGGUUUUUGGGAAUCAAUAAUUCUUGAUUUUUUGUCACAUUUUGUCGGAAAGGAAAUACAUAGUUUAAAAUUUUUGAUAUUUUCUUAUGGUUUUAUAUUCUUAUACGGAGGUUGUUUGGUUGCCGUGGCCCGCUAUUUUGAAGACACGGUAACUUUUUAAUAGAUCAAAUGGCACUUUAUUUUCUUUUACUUGUAGUUCCCCGUUUUAAAGCUGAUCAACAUCUUCACGUGAUAUGUUAUUACUAAUUAGACAACUAAUUAGAUUGGGACUGAUAGUUUUACAUUUGAUUCACAUUCAUUUAAUCACCAUCUCUGUAGACAUAUUUAGAAUAUUUUGAGAUCUUACGUGGGAUAACUGUCUGGAAUGUUGAUAUUUUAUCAUUUUAAUUAAGGAUGAUAUAGCGCCUAUGAGAUUAUUUGCUGCGCUUAAUAAUGAUAAUACAAUAUUUCAUGAUUUAAAACGCGGAGAUUAGACCUAGUGCAGAUUAUAGAAACUAGAGUUACUAGAACCAGCAUGUGCGUCAGGGUUUUUCGGUUUGCAAGAUUUCUAUUUUCUUGAGGAACGUUGUUCGUGGUAUAAUAUUGGGCCUCAGUCAUGGUUAUGAUUAAAUUAAAAUAUUGAGUUGAUUUAUUGUUAGUGAUAUUAGCAAGCAUUUUAUUGGUUGGAUUUCGAAAUAAGCAUAAAGAGAACUAACAUGGGAUUGUUUUGUAUAUAAAAUUUUCCUGACACAAGCACCGUCUUUUGUGUGACAAA